AAAAUGGCAUGUGCUAACAACGUUAAUAACGACGGCGGACCGAUUUUUCGGGGCGGACCCUGGGCGUAGUGGUGCGAAGUAAUUAGUGAUCUGCUAACGUGUGCACGUUGCGCUCGCGAGCGCGCGCGGGCGCGCGCGCGAGGUAAUCUAAUAGCGGACUACCCAUACCUACGUGCGCGGCGGAUAAUUACCAGCGAAAAUGGUCGAUCUAGGAGGAUACAUUAUUAUACUGACGAACGACGACGGGAAGAUCAAGCUUUACGGAUCGCCGGCGGACAAUGUCGACACACUGGAAGUAAGCGAUGAAAUUUUAGAAGUGAACGGUCGCACCUUGGAAAAUGCCACUCAUAACGAAGUCAUUCAAUACAUACAUCAGUGCAUCAAAUCUCGAACGAUAUGUCUGCGUCUCCGGAGAAGCGGAAACAAGAUGGAAGAGCUGGACGGGCCAAACGCUGGGCGGAUACGAGACGCCUGGGUUAUCGCCGUCGAAAGGGGCGCGAGGGAGAGGCUGCAGAAAUUGACGGCACUUAAGAAGAUCCAGCCGCGCGACAUCCAGGCCAUUUUACAUCAGCGGAUAAACGAUGCGGUAGCGUCCACGAGCGAAGACUCCACUUCGAAAGACGUGUCGAAUGGCCAAAUCACGGUUACCUUGGCGGACAAGGAAUUGGGGCCGAAUGCUUUCUCCACCAAACUUAGCAACGGUACGAUUCCCAAAGGAUUAAGAAAAGAGGCGGAAAUCCGGGUGGAAAACAUCUCGCAGGAGCGAAGGGGGACUUUGGAAAAGCAACCCAGCUACGAAGAGCCGAAUCUCUUGCAACCGGUGCAGACCGGAAGAAUCGGGGAACGGCGCUCGAGCAGCCCUUUCCAAAAUGGUCGGACAGAAGUGCUGAUUGGCGAACCGGAGGGCGGCCCGAGGUCGCCGCGGGGAUCGACGUCUUCGGCGGUGAACGACGGCAAUUUCCUGAAUCCACCGGACGACCGAGACGAACCAAUUUGCAGGUCCCGAAGGCGUAGCGGUAGUGGCGUGACGGACAUACACUCUCAGCAACAGCAGCAGCAAUUGCAGUUGCAAGAGAACAACAACAGUAGCUCGCGCGACGCGAAGAAGCCGCAGGAGGGACUGGGGCCCGAUGAGAUGUGGGCCCCUGGCGCCCUGGGCCAUCAUCGGGAGCUACCUGUUGAUGUGCCCGACACCCUUCUACAGAAGGCCUAUCCCAACAAGGCCGGUCUCAACGGGGUCAAGCCUGCCAUCCCGCCUCGCGAUCAGAAGAGGGCACCUGCCAGGCCGCCGAAAGAUAAUCUGCGCCUCUCCACGCAGAACAAUAAUGUCGAGACGAGCGAUAACGCCAACGCCGAGCCGACGCAACAGCAGCUUCACUCUAUCAGGAAAUAUCAGGAGCAGUUGCGAAAACGGAAAGAUGAGGAGGAGAGGCAGGAAAUGCUCAGCCAUUCUCUCCGUGGCUCUAAAAAGCUCCAAGCUUUGGAGAGCCACGCAACGAGCCUCAGUGGCCAAGAAAAUCUCGCUUACGCACAGGACGAGGUGACCACCGGUGUCAGUCGAGUCACGCACGCCACUCCUAAUGCAGUCCAAGAGGUGGAGGAGCCCCCCAGGCCGCUCACGUACGGCGAGGUCGUUGCUACGCUGGAGAGGCUGCAGCUCCAACUGCGGAAUAUUUCAGGUGCUCUCGGUAUUUCGGGUCCAGGUGUUGAGGCCGAGCUCGAGGCGGUCCGGACACUUUUGGUGCAGAAUCGAUUCGCGUCCGCCCUGGCGACUCGUCACACUUUAAAAAAUCGGCUAAGGGCGAGCAAGAUUUUCAAACAUCAUGCCGACGACGCGUCGAGUUUAGCGCGAGAUUGUGUGGAUAUCCUUGAAAAAUGGCAAUCGUCGUCGACCGCAACAGGUGUCGGCGGAGCAGAAACAAUAGCCGCCGUGGAGGAGUUAACAAGUAUUCUAACAAGUUACGACAUGGAAGCUCUGCUUCUGGCGCACGACUCUAUCGUCUCAUACGUGGAGGGCUUACAAAGGAAGGAGAGCCCGUCGUCCUCGCCACCCAGCGGUCCGCCCAGCCCGACGUCCAGUUGGAAAGAUUCCCGAGUAGUCGACAACAUUAAAAUCAUUCGAAUUGAAAAAACUAACGAGCCUCUAGGUGCCACCGUCAGAAACGAAGGGGACGCGGUAAUCAUAGGGCGUGUCGUACGCGGCGGUGCGGCGGACAAGUCGGGACUCUUGCACGAGGGCGACGAGGUCCUCGAGGUGAACGGUGUGGAGAUGCGCGGCAAGACCGUCAACGAGGUCUGCGAUAUUCUCGCCGGUAUGCAGGGUAGCCUCACGUUCUUGGUACUUCCGGCACCGACGAGCCACAGAAAUAAUUUAAGGAGAGAAGACACGACACAGAUACACAUACGAGCGCAUUUCGAUUACGAUCCCGAGGAAGACCCAUACAUACCGUGCAGAGAGUUGGGCGUAAGUUUUCAAAAGGGCGAUGUGCUCCACGUAAUUUCCCAAGAGGAUCCUAACUGGUGGCAAGCAUAUCGAGAAGGCGAAGAGGAUCAGACACUGGCUGGUCUCAUACCCAGCAGAGUGUUUCAACAUCAACGAGAGUCCAUGAAGCAAACGAUAGCCGGCGACAAGUCGACGGUGCGAGGCUCGAAAAAGUCCAGCACGCUACUGUGCGCGAGAAAAAAUCCAAAGAAGAAGAAACGAAACAAAUUCGGUGGGAACUUCAACGAUGACGGGUAUCCACUUUACGCGACAACUGCCAUAGACGAUUACGACAGCGAGGAAGUGCUGACGUACGAGGAGGUCGCCUUAUACUAUCCCCGUGCGAAUCACAAGAGGCCAAUUGUACUUAUCGGACCACCUAACAUCGGACGACACGAACUCAGGCAGAGAUUGAUGCAAGACAGCGAACGUUUUGCCGCAGCAAUUCCUCAUACAAGUCGUCCGAAAAAAGACUCCGAGGUCGAUGGACAGGACUAUCACUUCAUUUCUCGUGCUCAGUUCGAGUCCGAUAUCCUCUGUCGGAAGUUUGUCGAGCACGGCGAGUACGAGAAAGCGUACUACGGCACGUCCGUGGAGGCCAUCAGAACAGUGGUUAAUUCCGGGAAAAUCUGUGUCUUAAACCUACAUCCCCAGAGUCUCAAGAUCCUGCGAAAUUCGGAUCUGAAGCCGUAUGUUGUGUUUAUCGCGCCUCCGAGCCUCGAGAAGCUGAGGCAGAAGAGGAUCAAGAACAACGAGAGCUUCAAGGAAGAAGAGCUGAAAGAUAUAAUCGAGAAAGCUCGUGAGAUGGAGGAUAAAUAUGGCCAUCUGUUCGACAUGCUUAUCCUCAAUAACGAUACAGAUCGGGCGUAUAAUCAGCUUCUCACGGAGAUCAAUUCACUCGAGAGGGAGCCUCAGUGGGUGCCUGCGUCUUGGGUUCAGUAACUUAAGCGGUUUUAAUCGCCACGCGCUUAAGACGAGCUUUUCCGUGUGUACGUGUCUCGGCGGCGAGGACGACGAUCGAAGGCCAGUAUCGCGGUAUCUGUUUGCAAGAUAAGUGCUUUCACGCAAUUUUCCAAGCGAGACUUUCAAAGCAACGUCCGAUAAUGGGAAUUCGGAGAAACUGGUUCUUCUACAGGUGCCUGUUACAUAGUUUUAUGUUUCUUACGCAAAUCUUAAAUCUUCCCCGGUUAUACUGUUGCAAGUACUACUCGCCUGACAGAGUCUUCCGCGUGUGUCGUUACUUUGGUGCCAUGAAAAUGAGACGGAGAAUUCAUCGGAAGCGAUCCUCACGGGGGAAAACGAUAGCUAGAAGAGAGAUGGAAGAGAGUGAAUAUAUUCUACGAAAAAAAGAAAAAAAAAUUCUCAUACCUCUGCGACGGACUAUUCUUCGACGUAGAUUCUUACGUUUGAUAUAGAAGGACAGAAAGAAGGAAUAUGAUGUUUACGUAUCACCGUGAUAAGGCAAACGUUCGUACAUCGAGGCAGGGUUGCAACAACGAUGUUUUGAAUUUGAGCGAAUAUAUAAUCAAAUCGCGGACGAUAAUCGGCCGAAAAGUUUAGAUUUAAGUUACGCUUAAAUUUCAAACAGGAGUUGCUGCAAUUUUAGCCCACUUCCGAUGUAAUCCCGAGGUAAUUCCGACGUUCGUACGUCGGGUUUCCGAGGUGUUUACGAUUACAUUCUCAUGACUGACAAGCGGUUAACAUAUUAUUGUAUAGAUGCGCGAUACAAAGAAAAAAAGUAUUAUCCUCUCGGUGCGCCAAAGCACAUCUGCCGAGCGUUUUGCUCUUUCUACAUAUUAGCCCGUUCUACGUGAGGAAAUGUACCUGACCUGAUGACCUCCAAAAGGUGAAAAAUUUCUAAUUCGGGAACCAUCGUGAAAGCCCCGUGUAACUUUCUAUGAUCCACGCAUAUAUACGUUUUGAUAAAUUUUGAUAAGUGAUGAAGCUUCGAUCGAGAUUUUUUAAAAAGACUCCGCACCCAGCGUAGCGCACGUGCGGAUGUAUUAAAACGUGAUUGCAUUACGAAAUCUAGCGUAAUGUAAUUAAUUCCCUUUACGUUAUCGCGAGUCAGUCAUGCAUCACGCGACAUGCGUAUCGAACUUUCGCAAACACGAAUCAUAGAAAGUCACGCACGUUUCUCUCACGUGAAAUUUCGAUUAGAAAUUUUUGGCAGUCCUGCUAAUCUAACCGAGCGGAAGCUGUUAUUAUGAAGGAAGAAAAGAAAAGGAAUUCCAAAACGACGAUCCCACAAGCAUAACGAUGAACAGUGUGUUUCCUCGAACGCAAGGGGAAACCGAUCUGCGAUCUCGAAGAAGGCGAAACUCGCUAACGUCUUACCGUUCGCCCUAGAAACAAUUUCGUGUUUGUUUAGAAAGCAGAAACUCGUGUUUUCGAACCCGUAGAUUCGUUAAACGCAAUAGACUUAGGCUCGACUGUGGUUCGGUAUGCAAGCUUUUGGACAUUUCGCAUAAAAAAAAACGAUUGUUUCUCCUGAAUGUUUUUUUACAGGGAGCGAUUAUUACGCGACGCGAUCGAAUAGGGUAAAAAGGUGUUUAUCUGUGUCAUUGUAUCGCUACGAAAUAGGGAUCGAUGCGAAAUAGAAAAGAAAAAAAAAUGUGUAGUAGAAAAAAAGAGAGAGAGAGAGAGAGAGAGACCAUUGUGGUUUUUCAUUGGAAAUUAUUCGGUAAAUGCAAAUGCGCGGUGUGUAUAUCUUACAGGUAUUCUUGCGUUAGCAAUAAUUGUAUUGUCGAAAGGUAAAAAAAAAUUUUCUGUAUUUUCUUUUCUUUUUCUCGAUGACUCUAAGAGCUCCGGUAAACUCGGCCAAGAUGUGUCGUCAGUUCGUAUAGAGAUUGUGGGCUACUGUGUCGUGAUUAGAUCAACCGUAAUGUUAGUCGAUCCAGAGAGAAAAAAAAAGAUAGAUACACUAAAUUCAAUGUGAAACAGUUGUAAAAGUGGACGCGCGACGUAGAGAGAUGUGUCUUCGGUGAAAAAAGUCGUUAUCUCCAUUUUUAGCUAUUUAAAAUCAAUCUUGUAAGAGCCAAUCAAUGCAUGACGGUUCAAUAUCGUGCCAAGUAUCAGACCGCAUGUGAAAGGACGCAAGAAACUGAGAUGUGCCAAAUAAUCCUGGAUUAUUUCCAGAUGAAUCCACAAGUUUUAAAAUGCGCUCAAGAGGCACCUUAGAAUUUGUCAUUAUAUUGAUUAUGUAAAUAAUUGUGCACUUGUGUAUAGAGAGAAAAAGAGAGAAAGAGAGAGAUAGAGAGCGAAAGAAGGAGAACGAGAAGGGGGAAGGAUAGUUAUUCGAAUUCAUCAUUAUUAUUUUUCUAAUUAUUAUUAUUCGAAUUAUUAUUAUCAUCGUUACUGCAUGUGCUGUUUUGUCGAGUGAUCACAGGCAGGACAGUUGUUAAAACGUAUGAUCCCCUGGCGUAACAAAUGGACAACACAAAUCCGCAAUCGCGUGUCUUGAAUCGAUCCGGAUAUGCACAUUUGUAUUAAAUCAAGCGAAUCAAAUUUUUCAACAGCGGUGUUUCUCACUUGGCAAACCUGUACUAAUUAUGUAAUAAUUAUGAUCAAUUAUACUGCAUGAUUCUGAUUACCGUCAUGAUUAUGUAAACAACAACGGUGAAAGUAUGUACAUUAUUAUUCUUAUAAUUAUUGUUAUUAUUAUUAUUAUUAUUCAUAUUAUUAUUAAUUAUAUUAAUUCCACGUGUAAAAUAAACGUACAAUUUCAAAGAGGAGAAAUAUAUGUAUGAAGAAGAAAUAUAUACAAAUGUAUAUAUACAUCGUAUAUACAUGUUCACGUGUAUUGCGAGAGCCACACGACACCACAAACCUCGAAUAUAUGUCCCGAAGGA